AUGAUACAGUCGGACGAGAAUCCCAACCAAGGCGCUUACCCGCCAUUCAUAUUCCCCUUCUCGUCAUCUUCCCUUUUCAACACUUUUCUAUCUGCCCCUGAUGGGGUCCCACUCCUCGUCAUACGUACGUCCGACGCCGAGUCUUCGAGCGCCACGAUCGUUGCCCAUACCAAGAAUCCACAUGUUAGGGAGAGCGGCGCCAUUGCUGGUAAUGUAGUUGCGUCUUUGCGGUGGGACAAAUGGGAUGAGAGUGUCAUGUGGGUUGGGGGAAGGUGUGUCAAGUUCGAUGGGGUUGUUGGUUCGCUCGUAGAGGAGCGGAGUGAAAAGUGUCGGACUUACAUCGUUCCCACCCCUGUUGGUGAAUGGAGAUGGUGGCACUCAUCACAGCUGGAGCCUCCUCGUAACCUUGCGCGAGAUCGAAUCGGAACAAUGUCGGGGGCGAAGUACUGCCAGACGCUCACUUGA